AUUAUCUUUUUGUUCCCUCAAAGCCCUUUUUAGCUUUGCCCCUCUCUCUCUCUCUCUCUCUCUCUCUCCUCUUCCUUAUCCUCUCUCUUUCUCUCUCUAACCCAGACGCCUGCGAAAGCAAAGCAAUUCCACAAACUCUCUGCAACUGUCGCUCACUCUCAGGGAAGAAGAAGGAGGAGAAGGAGCUGUGCAGGCAAGAAGCAAGAAGAAGAGAGAAGAGAACGAGGGUGGGUUUUGCUAGAAGGAGAAAGGGAGAGGGAGAGGAGAGCUUGGAUUACAUGUGAUAAUGGAAGGAGGUGAUCACGACCACUUCCACCACCACCACCACCACCACCACCGACGCCCCACCUUCCCCUUCCAGUUGCUGGAGAAGAAGGAGGAUGAGCAACCAUGCUCGACCUCCAACUAUCCCUCCCUCGCCAUGUCCUCCGACGACGCGCCCCCGAACCCUAACCGAUCGUCCUCCACCUCGAACACCCUCCAGAUCGUCCCGGCGGAGGAUCAGCAGCAGCAGCAGACGCUGGCGGCGGCGGCGGAUGCGGGGGCGGCGGGGGCCAAGAAACCGCCGCCGAAGCGGACCUCGACGAAGGACCGACACACGAAGGUGGACGCGGGGAGGCGCAUCCGCAUGCCGGCCCUCUGCGCCGCCAGGGUCUUCCAGCUCACCCGCGAGCUCGGGCACAAGUCCGACGGGGAGACCAUCGAGUGGCUCCUCCAGCAGGCGGAGCCCGCCGUGAUCGCCGCCACCGGUACGGGCACCAUCCCGGCCAACUUCACGUCCCUUAACAUCUCGCUCCGCAGCUCCGGCUCGAGCAUGUCGGUUCCGUCGCAGCUCCGAUCGAGCUACUUCAGCCCCAACUUCUCGCUCCCGCCGCAGCGCCGGGGCAACCCCGCCUUGUUCCCUGGGAUCGGGCUGUCGCCGGAAUCGACGACGACGCUGCUCAAUUUCCAGGGCUCCUCUAGCAAUUUGAGCUCCAUGCUGUUUCAGGCCAAGCAGGAGCUCCGGGAAGCUUCGAAUUUGGAACUGUCGGAGGGCGCCGAUCACGAGGGCAUGAGCAAGAAGCGAAGGCCCGAUCAGCUUGAUCUGUCGGCCAAUUCUCAGCCUCAGUCGCAUGCGGGGAGCUACCUGUUGCAGUCGAGCUCCGGCGUCCUUCCGGCGAGCCACGGGAAUCUUCCGGCCAACUUCUGGAUGGUGACGAACCCGAGCAACCAGGUCAUGAGCGGCGAUCCGGUAUGGACGUUCCCCGCCUCAGUCAGCAAUAGCGCCGCCUUGUACCGAGGCACCAUGUCCAGCGGCCUGCAUUUCAUGAACUUCCCGCCCGUCGCCCUAUUGCCAGGUCAGCAUUUGGGCUCGGCCGCCGCCGCCGCCGGGGCCGGCGGCGGCAGCGAAGGGCAAUUCAACAUGCUCGGCGGGCUGAGCCCGUACCGGCCCAUGUCGAGCUCCGGCGUGUCGGAAUCCCAGGCAAGCGGCUCACACUCGCACCACGGCGGCGGCGGCGGCGGCGGGGUGGGGGGGGGCGGCGGCGGCGACGACCGGCAGCCACCGUUCUCAGAUCCCGGCGGCGAUUGAAUUUGUGGGAGGACCACAAUUGCCUUUUGAGUACUUGGAAAAGAGGGAAGAGAUGGAACAGUGUCACUUCAAUGUUGGGGAUAGAGAGAGGGGGAGAGAGGGGGGAGAGUCAUCGUGAAUCAAUGUGAUUUGAUGAUUCCUAACAUGACCCCAAUGGGAUGU